GGAUGCGAGAGAACGGGAGCGAUUUGAACAGCUCGGUCCUCUCGAGGGACCCGCCGGCCGGGGGCGCCCCGCGCCGCCCGCCAUGGGUGACCUCCACCUUGGCCGCAAUCCUCAUCUUCACCAUCGUAGUGGACCUGCUGGGCAAUCUCCUGGUCAUCCUCUCCGUAUACCGCAAUAAGAAGCUGCGGAACGCGGGAAAUGUGUUUGUUGUAAGCCUGGCAGUUGCAGACUUGGUCGUAGCAAUCUACCCAUAUCCACUGGUCCUCACAUCUGUAUUUCACAACGGAUGGAAUCUGGGAUACCUUCACUGCCAGAUUAGUGGCUUCUUGAUGGGCCUAAGUGUCAUUGGAUCAAUCUUCAAUAUUACAGGCAUCGCUAUCAAUCGGUACUGCUAUAUCUGCCACAGUCUCAAAUAUGACAAACUGUACAGCGACAAGAAUUCGUUGUGCUAUGUUGUUCUUAUCUGGGUCUUAACAUUUGUUGCUAUCAUACCCAACCUGUUUGUGGGAUCGCUACAGUAUGACCCCAGGAUUUACUCAUGUACAUUUGCACAAUCUGUGAGCUCAGCAUAUACAAUAGCAGUUGUGUUUUUCCAUUUCCUGUUUCCCAUAGCCAUAGUUACUUUCUGCUACUUGCGAAUAUGGAUCCUUGUUAUUCAGGUAAGACGAAGGGUUAAACCAGAUAACAACCCAAGGUUGAAACCACAUGACUUCAGAAACUUCGUAACCAUGUUUGUGGUAUUUGUACUGUUUGCAGUCUGCUGGGCUCCUUUGAACUUUAUAGGCCUUGCUGUGGCUGUCAACCCAAAAACUACAAUCCCUAGGAUUCCAGAGUGGUUAUUUGUAUCUAGUUACUACAUGGCGUAUUUCAACAGCUGCCUUAAUGCUAUCAUAUAUGGACUCCUGAACCAGAACUUCAGAAGAGAAUACAAGAGAAUUAUUGUCACUUUUUGUACAGCAAAAGCUUUUUUCCAGGAUAGUUCUAAUGAUGCGGGAGACAGGAUGAAAAGUAAACCUUCUCCAUUGAUUACAAACAACAAUCAAGUGAAGGUGGACUCUGUCUGAAAAUGAGA